GUGGAGCAGUCAGGAGGGAGAGCAGCUUCAAGGGCUGGAGGAGGCUGAUAUCACCAAGUUCCCAUUCACUCCUGUCCCUGUGAAGAGUGAAGAUGAUGAAGAGGAAGCUCAGUCCUCACAGCUUCAUCACAGACAAACUCAACACAUGGAAACAGAAGCUGAUGGAGAGGACUGUGGAGGACCAGAACCAGCCAGGAACUCACAUCCACUUUUACAACCAGAGACUGAAGACAAAGCUUCAGACUGUUCUGAACCAGAGACUGACGUCAGCGACGAGGACUGUAAGCUGAGCAGAGAACCUCAGCCAGCUUUAAGCUCUCUGAAUAACGAUGAAGUGCCCGUCAGUGAUUUCGCGAGUAAAUCUGGCAAAAAGUCUUUUGUCUGCGGCGAAUGUGGGCGAAGGUUCGGCCGCAAGGACAGUCUGCGGAGACACAUGAGGUUCCACACGGGCGAGAAGCCGUACAGCUGCUCCGUCUGCAGCAAACGCUUCUCCCAGAGGCCCAACCUGAUCCGCCACAUGAGGUGUCACUCCGGAGAGAAACCCUUCGGCUGCUCCUUCUGCGACGCCAGCUUCGCCGUGCGCAGCGCCCUGGUGAACCACAUGAGGAUCCACACAGGCGAGAAGCCAUUUGGCUGCAUGUACUGUGACAAGAGCUUCACGCAGAAGGGCGGCCUGAAGAAGCACAUGACCGUGCACACGGGGGAGAAACCGUACCGCUGCCCCGCGUGCGACAAAAGCUUCUCCCAGAAGGCCAACCUCACGUACCACUUCUCGGUGCACACGGGGCAGAAGCAGUUUGGCUGCAGUGUCUGCGACAAACGCUUCACGUGGCAGUCGCAGGUCAAAAGUCAUAAGUGUGUCGGCGAGAGCAGCAGCAGCUGAAAACAAACUUUCUGCUUUGUGUCUAAUGUGUAUAAGUAUCGUAUUAUAUGACGUACGUACAACGCUGGGUACUGAAUUUUAGACUUUUUAGGCACCGACCGAAUUGCCUCUUUGGUAUCGAAUAUGGAAAAA